AUUUUUGGCAAAAACCCUCCACGCUACCCAGAGGGCUUGAGACAGCUCUUGCUUGCAAGGACAAGAGUUUUGGUUUGCUACAUAGGGGGGAUGAGUUUCAACUUUCAAAACCCUGCUUGUUGAUAGAACUAAAGCAAACUCCAAAUAGAAAAGAAGAGAAAAGGGCAAAAAGGAAAACAAACUAAUCAAAUUAGGUUAGUUUUCUUCACAUAGAAGGAGAGAAAGAGAGAAAAAAAGCAAGAGAUAGAGACAGCCAUGAAAGAGCAAAAGGUGGAAAGAGUGGAUAGAGAUUUCUGAAGAAAAAGACUUUGUCCCUUGUUGUAGAAACCUAGAUAUACACUUUGACAAGAAAGCUAGCUUUGAUUUCCCUCCCUCCCUCCCUCCCUCCCAGUUGUGCUCUUCUUCAAGCACAACUUAAUUUCCAGCUCUAAAUUCAAUACCAAACUGAGUUAAUUCUUGUUGGAGAAAGAUAUGAUGAGUAGAAUGGUCUAAAAAAGAGAGAGCUUGCAUGGCUAGUCACAGAAUUGGAGAGACUGGUUUGUCAGACUCAGGUCCCUCUAAUCAGCAUCUCCCUUAUGCACUUCUCCAUGGAAUCAACACCCCAUCAACCAGUUUCAUUAAUCAAGAAGGAUCUGCUUUUGAUUUUGGAGAGCUAGAAGAAGCAAUUGUGCUGCAAGGAGUUAAGAUUAGGAAUGAUGAAGCUAAAGCACCUUUAUUUACAGUAACAGGCAGACCUGCAGCUACACUGGAAAUGUUUCCUUCAUGGCCAAUGAGAUUCCAAGAAACCCCAAGAGUAGGAAGUUCAAGGUCAGGAGGGGAGAGUACUGACUCAGGAUCAGCAUUAAACACUCUAUCAAGCAAAGCUGAAGCCCAUCUGGAACCAGAAUCUCCCAUCAGUAAAAAAGUUUCUUCUUCAGAUCAUUACAAUCAGGCUUUUUAUCAGAAGCAUCUACAGUUUCAAGAACAGCAACAAGUAGAUAUGGUUAAUGAUACAUCAAGAACAGGGGGGCCCUCUCAACAGAAUCAAUCACCUGCCAAAUCUCCCCAAGAAAAGAGAAAAGGUUCAACAUCAGAGAAACAACUUGAUGCCAAGACAUUGAGACGUUUAGCUCAAAACAGGGAAGCUGCAAAGAAGAGUCGACUGAGGAAAAAGGCAUAUGUCCAGCAGCUAGAGACUAGUAGAAUAAAACUUACUCAGUUAGAACAAGAUCUUCAGCGUGCAAGACAGCAGGGACUGUUCUUGGGUGGCUGCGGUGGUGCCGGUGGCAAUAUCAGCUCUGGAGCUGCAAUAUUUGAUAUGGAGUAUGCAAGAUGGCUAGAAGACGACCACCGGCACAUGUCGGAGCUCCGGACAGGAUUGCAAGCACAUUUAUCGGACGGUGACCUUAGGGUAAUAGUAGAUGGGUAUAUUUCACAUUACGAUGAAAUUUUCCGGCUCAAGGUAGUGGCUGCAAAAUCUGAUGUCUUUCACCUGAUUACCGGAAUGUGGUCCACUCCAGCCGAGCGUUGCUUCCUGUGGAUGGGUGGUUUUAGGCCCUCAGAACUCAUCAAGAUGUUAAUAUCCCAGCUAGACCCUUUAACAGAACAGCAAGUCAUGGGGAUUUACAGCCUGCAACAAUCUUCACAGCAAGCAGAAGAGGCUCUCUCCCAGGGCCUAGAGCAGCUCCAACAGUCUCUGGUUGACACCAUUGCUGGCGGACCGGUCAUUGGUGGAAUGCAGCAGAUGGCAGUGGCGUUAGGCAAGCUUGCCAAUCUUGAAGGGUUCGUUCGCCAGGCUGAUAACUUGAGACAACAAACCCUUCACCAACUCCGUCGAAUAUUGACUGUAAGACAGGCAGCACGGUGUUUUCUGGUGAUCGGAGAAUAUUAUGGGAGAUUACGGGCACUCAGUUCCCUCUGGGCAUCUCGCCCUCGAGAGACAAUGAUCAGUGAAGAUAACUCAUGCCAAACCACGACUGAUCUACAAAUGGUUCAACCUUCACAAAAUCAUUUCUCCAACUUUUAAUAUAUAUAUAUAUAUAUAUAAAUGUGAUACAAAUGGAGCCAGAUGACAGCAGCUGCCUAGUGAUUGACUUCACCUGUGUUGUGGCAAAUGUUAAUGGGCUGUUAGAAUUCGGAUUAAGUACUUAAUUUAGUGAAGCUAGGAAUUUUUAUUUUUAUUUUUAUUUUUUAGCCUCUCGAUCCUUUGCCUUCUUCAUUAUCUUGAUGUUAUUAUUCACUGUGUUAUCUUGUAAAUGCAAAUCAAUUUUAUAUGCAUGUGGAGGCUUCCCACUUGCUUAAAGAAGAGAGAUCACACGUGGUAUCUUCUAA